AUUUGUCGCGUCGUAGAGACGUCAUCCCGCUUGUGGAGCGGGAACUUUCGUAAGGUAAAGUUCUGCUGACAGAGAGGAGAGGGGGAAGGGGCUCUUGCUCUUCCAUCCCCGUAGCUUGUGAGCGACCUCGGUCGACAAGAUUACCCGGCGCCCUUUUGCCAACUUCGCUGAGGACUGGUAUAUUGAUCCGUCAGCAGGUGUGACGUUUAUACUCUUUUAAAAAUGGUGUAACCUCAGAUUUGGGUGCAGUUUCUUUCUCCUAUCCUCUAAUGAAAGAGAGCAGGUUCAUCCAGUUCUCGUAUCUGCUUAUCUAUAGGCUAUGGUAAUUUGGGAUGACAGUCUUUUAAGGCAGGGGUGAGCAAUAGCUGCUCCCCAGAGCCCCACUCAACUGCAUUGCUGAAUUUCACUCCAGUAAUGACUGAAAAUCAACAGCGCAGUUUCUUGUUAUUGUGCGAGAGGAAGCCCCUAAACACUAUAGCAUGUAUCAUAAAUAGGUUCAAGAUGACUUUGUUUGAAAAGCCUUUCACCGUCUUAAAAAAAAAAAAGACAUUCCAUGAUCUAUGCAGCAUGUAAUACCUUAGCUAUGCCCAUAUUGCAUUUGAGUCUCAUUCCCACUCAAUCUAAAGAAAUUCAGUGUACGAAGGGUUGCUGGCAGAAACUUGCCUCUUUCUCGGGGAUUUAAUCUAUAUAAACCCAAUUCUUCCACAGAAACAUUUUGCAGCAAAGGAGACAUUUAUUUAUUUAUUUAUGUGGUAAAGGUAAAGGUUCCCCUCGCACUUACAUGCUAGUCGUUGCCGACUCUAGGGGGCGGUGCUCAUCUCCAUUUCAAAGCCGAAGAGCCAGCACUGUCCAAAGACGUCUCCGUGGUCAUAUGGCCAGCAUGACUCAACGCCAAAGGCGCAUGGAACUCUGUUACCUUCCCAUCAAAGGUGGUCCCUAUUUUUUCUACUUACAUUUUUACAUGCUUUCGAAACUGCUCGGUUGGCAGAAGCUGGGACAAGUAACUGGAGCUCACCCCGUUACACGGCAGCACUAGGGAUUCGAACCGCUGAGUUGCCGACCUUUCGAUCGACAAGCUCAGCUGUCUUAGCCCCUGAGCCACCGCGUCCCUUAUUUAUGUGUACAUUGCCUUUAUUAUUUUUCCCAAAUAACUCAAGAUAAUGAACAUAUUCAACAUACCUUUCUCUUUCUAUUUUCCCCACAACAGCAACCCUGUGAGGUGAGUUGGCAUGAGAGAGAGGAACUGGCCCAAAGUCACCCACCUGACUUUCAUGGCUGAGAAGGGUUUAUGUAUGUGCAGAGGGUCCACACGCAGACAUGACACACGCACAUGAGCGGAGCGAGCACUUCUGAACCGGUAGGGAAGGUGAUGUGAUGAUUGGAAGUGAAAGCAGGUGGUAUGAUUUUAACAUGCCAAAAUAAUGGCUUAUCAGGAAUUUUUUGUUUUAUACACGCAUCAGAAGACUAAAAAAUCUAAAGUGUGGCAAGAUGGAAUUUUGAAGGCCGUAUUUGGAGGAAAUAAGGCAAACUUAUUUGAUGAUAAAGGACAGCUAUUGGAUACUAUUUUCAUAAAAUUUCAGAUAAAACCUGGUGAUGACUUUGAAUCUGAACGAUAUUUAAUCACUGUAGAAAGUGAAAAUGUUUCUAAAACUGAUUAUAAUCAUUCAAAGAACACAGAACAGCUAAAGUUAACAAGUAAUUCCUUGAAAUCCCUUGCUACUUCAUCUCUAUGCCAUCCAAAGCGAAAAUAUUCUGGUUUCCAAAUACCACGUCAGGUGGAAAAGAAAAAGUUAGUGGAAGAACCUGCAUUGCCGUCUACAUCUGAUGGUCCUCUUUCAUCCUUCCCGCACCAAUUUUAUGCAUCUUCUCCUUUAUUUUCCAUUCCUUGUCAAAAUAGGGAAGAUACUGUCUUACUCACAAAUUUUAAUGGGGAACCUUCUACAAAGAAUAUUAAAGGUGCAGAGCCUGUUAAUUUUCUGGCUUCUACCUCUUUAGAUGAUGAACAUGAAACAGUACAGAAUAAAAAAUGUAGUAGCAACAAUUUAGAGGUUGAAUAUUUGAAGCCAAAUUUUCAGUUAGAAAAUGCACUAGUCAGUUCAGGAUAUCAUGCAUUUUCACAAAACAUUCGAAGCAGAGCUAAAAUUAUAGCACUUUUGAGUCAUGACCAACAUGUUUCCAAGAGACUAGGAAAUGAGACUACUGCCUCACUGAAAAAUCUACAGUCCACAAUGAUGCAAUCAGAACCCAACCCAGAAGUUUCAUUGCAAAGAAAAAGCCGAUGGGAUGCUUAUAUGCCAUCAUGUUUAUCUGAUGUACAUAAUACAGAAAACAACGAUGAGAAUACUAGUGAUUUGCAAUCAAUUGAAGAGAGCUUAAAUGAGAGUGAAUGUGUAAACAGAAGCCAAUCCAAUGACCAUAAAGAAAUUCCACAAAUGCCGUCUUCUUGGAAACUUGAUAUUUCUCCUGUUAGUAAAGGUGGAAGUCAGCCAUAUAACUUUUUCCCAAGUGAAUCCUUCAUGAAUGAAAGCAAUAACUCUGAAUUAAGUUCACUUGAUAAUGCUAAUUUGAACUGUGGAAAUACACUUAAAACGCUUGAAGAUUCAUCAGAAUCAAGCAGACAUGGAAUAAUUGGUAAUUUGGAAAGGAGUUGCCCAGGUGUUGACUUUGCAAAUCCAGGAAAACAAUUUACAGAGGUUAACUUUAAUCUUUUAAAUAUGCUGGAUUUUAGUGGCACAGAAGAUAAUAACCCUAAUGAAAACAGCAUUAUAUCACAAAGUUCUGUAUGCCUAAGGCAAGAAAUUAAAAAUCAAGUUGAGGACAGUGCUGAAAAAAACUGUGAUGUAACAGCAUGCAGUAGUGAAAGGAAAGACAAUAUACAAUUAAAGUUUGUACAAGAUCAUGAUUUCAACAAGAUCUCAGGAUCCCAGCCAUUACCUCUUUGUAAUGAAAUUUCUGCAAAGCCUAUCAACAUUAAAGAAAAGAGUACAGCAAUUUGGGAGAAAAAAUGGCAAAAUUCAAAAGUUUUGAUUAAUGAGAAGAUAGACACAAAUACAUUAUAUGCGCAGAAAAUGGAUGUCCACCAGCAAUUGCCAUGUGCAAGCAGAAACUUGAUAAUGGAAAAUGAUAUGGACUGUGAAAUGCAUGAUAUUAAACAAAGUUUUGCUGAAGCAUUUUGUCCUGAAGAUGUGCAGAUACCUUGCCUACAUUCUGACUCACCAAAUUUGGUAGUUGAAUUUCACGGAUACCAGGUGAAAGGCUCAGCAGCUAGUGAGAUGAUGACAAGAGAACGCUGUGCGUAUCACCGAAAGGAUCCACAAAGUGACAUGACCAGCUCUGAAAGUGCUUCAAAGGAUGCAUUCUUUUUCUUAGCGCAAGAACUGAACUGUCCUGGGGUGCCUGAGUUUGUUAAGGUUCGAGUCCCACAAGGCCCAAGGUUGACUCAGCCUUCCAUCCUUUAUAAGCCUCUAGGUUCAGAAGAUGAUCUCAAUAACAGCGGAACCAAAACAUUUAGAAAUGAAUUCAAUGUUUUUGAAGAAAAAAGCAGUAAUAAAUUUUUAACAAAGACUGCAUCUUUUAAACCUCCAAGUCAGAUUGUGACAAAUUCUUCCUCAAAUCUAGACUUCGCGAAGUCUGCUUCGGGGGAUUUUAAUAAGGGCACUUCUGAACUGUAUUUCCCUAGGGCAGAUAUGGUAAAGAAUACUAAUGUACCUAAACGACAACAACACAUCCCAGUUGAAUUUCAGUCUCCAGCACAUUAUAAGAAUGUUUUUACUACUGCAUUGAUAGAACAUUUAAACAUAUUAUUAUUUGAACUAUCAAAAAACCUACACAAAGCUCUUGGGAAAGUGGAUAUAUCUUUCUAUUCAUCGGUGAAAGAAGGGCAACGAGAUAAUUCUGCGCCUCUCUGCAGCCACAAAAUAGCAGCAAAGCUUGUUAUGGUUAGAAAAGAAGGCCGAAAUAAGGGUCGUCUAUUCUAUGCUUGUGAUGCUGCUAAAGCAGAUCGAUGUGAUUUUUUUAAAUGGCUUGAAGAUGUAAAACCUGUACAGAUGGAGAGUAAACCUGGUAUUAUACUUCAUGAUAUAAAAAGUAUUGGAACUUACCUCAGAUGUCAAAGAAUUUCUAUCUAUGAAGAAUGCCAACUUCUAAUAAGGAAAACGUUUGAUACCCAAAGAAAACAAUUUUGUAAGAUGAAGAGAUGUAAUAUGGCAAAGGCUAGCUUUGACUGUGAUUCUAAGAGGAAAUUAUUUCUUAAACUGAACCGGAAGGAGCAUUCCUCUGCAUAUAGCAAAGAUGAUCUUUGGGUUGUUUCCAAGACUUUGACCUUUGAACCCUUGGACACUUUCAUUGCAUAUAGUGUUUUUUUUGGACCAUCCUCUAAUAAUGAAGUGGAGUUGGAGCCUCUUAAUGGUUAUAGCCCAUCAAAUUGGUGCUCAGAUAUGAUUGUUCAUGCCUUGUUUGUGUGUAAUGCUAGCAGUGAACUCACAAAUUUGAGAAAUAUACAGGAAAAUGUCAGUUCAAUCACUUUGCCAAUCAUGCAACAUCUACUUACAAAGAAAGAAUUAUUUCCAAAAUCCAAAGAAAGAAAGCAAAAGUUUAAACCACCAGCUCUAAAUACAAGUGCAAUAAAAUCUGAAGCUUUCAGCCCAGAAAUAGUUAUAAAUCUUGCUGAUAAAAUUAUUCAAGCUUUUCAGCUAAAUAAAGAUCAGGCUACAGCAAUGAUGCAGAUCGGUGCCAUGAUGACAUCUCAAGAAAUAAACACAGAAACAGGAAAGCAUCCGAUGUUUCCAAUAACAAUAAUACAUGGUGUAUUUGGAUCCGGAAAAAGCUUAUUGCUGGCUAUUGUUAUUUUAUUCCUCAUACAAAUAUUUGAACUCCACGAAGCAGCUAAUGGCAAACGGUCAGUGCCAUGGAAAAUAUUGGUUUCUUCCUCCACCAAUGUUGCUGUAGACAGAAUACUAUUGAGCCUACUAGACAUUGGAUUUGAAGACUUCAUUAGAGUGGGAAGCAUUAAAAAAAUUGCAAAGCCAAUACUUCCUUACAGCUUGCAUGCUGACUCAGGAUCUGAAAAUGAACAGCUGAAAGAAUUACUUGCCUUGAUGAAGGAGGAUUUAAGCCCAGUGGAAAAAAUGUAUGUGAAGAAGACUAUUGAGCAACAUAAACUAGGUACCAAUAAAGCUUCCCUGAGAAAGGUGAGGGUUGUGGGAUCUACCUGUGCUGCCUGCUCAUUUCCAUGCAUGAAAAGUCUUAAGUUUCCUAUAGUGAUUCUAGAUGAGUGUAGUCAAAUGACAGAACCAUCCUCUCUGCUCCCUAUUGCAAGUUUUGAAUGUGAAAAGCUGGUUCUUGUUGGAGAUCCUAAGCAGUUGCCACCUACCAUUCAAGGGUCUGAAAGUGCACAUGACAAUGGUUUGGAACAAACACUCUUUGAUCGACUCUGUUUGAUGGGAUAUGCACCUAUAUUACUUAGAACACAGUAUCGUUGUCACCCUGUUAUUGCUGCUAUAACUAAUGAGCUAUUUUAUGAAGGAAUUAUGUUGAAUGGGAUUUCUGAAGCAGAUCGAAGUCCUCUCUUGGACUGGCUACCAACACUGUGUUUUUAUAAUGUUAAUGGAUCAGAACAAAUUGAGGCAGACAACAGUUUCUACAAUAUGGCAGAAUCGUUUUUCAUUGUCAAAUUAAUACAGUCACUAAUUGCCAGUGGAGUGGAUGGAUCUAUGAUUGGGGUAAUAACUCUCUACAAAUCCCAAAUGAGCAAGAUCCGUAACUUGUUUGGUGCUAUACACAUGGAUGCUGCUCAAAUAAAGACUGUCCAGGUGUCUACAGUAGAUGCUUUUCAGGGAGCAGAGAAAGAAAUAAUUGUUUUAUCUUGUGUAAGGACGAGACAAGUUGGCUUCAUAGAUUCAGAAAAGAGAGUGAAUGUGGCUCUGACUAGAGGAAAGAGACAUUUAUUUAUAGUAGGAAAUCUAAACUGUUUAAGAAAGAACAAAUUAUGGGGAAGUGUUAUUCAGCAUUGCACAGGGAGAAAAAAUGGAUUACAACAUGCUAACCAAUGUGAGCAACAACUGAAUGAUAUUGUUAAAUCUUAUUUUGAGAGAAAGAUGGAAGAAGAAACCAUCAAGAAAAAGAAAAAAUAUAAAAAUGAAUUAGUUUCUCAAAAAACAAACACAUAAAUACACUGAAUUAUAUCAAUGAUUUCAUCUUGAAUAUAAAAAAUUACAGUUUUUAUAUUUUUAAGUGCCUCCAGUAAUACUGUUACAUGCAUUAAUAGUUUUUUUAAAAGUUUAAAUAUGUAAUAUAAUAUAUUAAAUAUAAUAAGUUUAUAACAAGGUAAUUUCUAAUGAAAGCUAACUUACUAGGAACUGUACAUUUCAUGACAACAAACUUUUUCUUUAUACACAGCUGUUUUAAUUCUUGAACUGCUCUAUAAAUAACCAUGGCAUUAAAUAAACUCCUA